GCUGGGACUGGGAGAAGGUGAGCUCUGUGCGGGAGAAAGCGACGAGAAUGCGACGAGAACGCAGCGUCUCCACGGCUUUACCCCUCUCCAUCUCUUUUUACUCCUCAUUUAGCAACAAACCUUUAGUUUUUUGAGACUUUUCUUCCAUUUAGGUGGAAAACACAGCUGGAAAAUCGUUGGACAACGCGCUGAAUCCGGGGGGAAAACGGAGAAAGGAGCAACAGAUCGAAGUUGGUGAAAGGAACAAGUGAAAACACGAUGCAGGAGAUCAGGACAACUUAGUAACUGAGCUGCUGCUGCUUACCACUCCACGUCAAAGAGAUUUUGAUUGAAGAAAAUAGUUUAAAGAUGACCUAAAGUGCUUCCAAACGCGGUAGAUAUUUAAACUUUAAAUGUCAUGGUUGUGAAUCGGCCAGUUUCGCCCGCGACGAAACCACAUGCCUGCUUACUACCCGCACCCAACCGUCCCUUUCCUCCAUGGAUUCCUACAACUUCCACUUUGAGAGAAUGAGUAACAUAGACUUGCAUCCUCUCAGCUUGCCAAUGAGCCGGCUUUCUCCCGCCAAAUCCAACAGCAGCAUCGUCGAACAGUUCGCUCAUCACCACCAGCACGGCAAAGGCGACUCCGCGUAUAGUUCUUUUUCGGGAGGGUCCACCGCUCCUGAUUAUCCCUCCCCGUUUCUCCCAGACGAUGUUCAGUCUAGCUCUUUUAGUCAGUACGCUGAUUUGAAGUAUGUGAAAUCAUUGUACAACCCUUCUCAAGUCUUGCAGUCUGAUCCGAAAACAAUGGACCAGCUAUAUAGAUCCGUGGAGGCGAUUUCGCAGCAGUACAGACAUAGUAACAACAGUCUGAACCACUACAACGGCGAAAGUGGGUUUAACAACAACAAACCAUUGACGAAACAAGAGUUGGCAUCGCAAGGGGGCUUCAUUACACAGAACCCGCCUCCAAUCCCGACUCGAAUGGAUAGUUUUAUCACGACGAAAAAUCUGGAGAACAAUCGGACGCAUCAGGAGCUUCAGCAGACGCAAUCCCAAUCGCCACGGCUGCCGCUGGAAAAAUCGAACGUCAAAAAGGAUGCGUAUCGAAGAGCGUCCCAACCGCCGAGCUACCAUCCUCACCACUUGCCCAAAAACCAGACUCUAACGCAAACAAAUCUGGAAUAUUUCGCCGUAAACAGUAAUCGGAAAAUCGAGGAGCCGGGGAAAAUGGGGAAAAACUUGAGUCAAUCUCCUCCAAAAGGGGCGAAUCAAGACGGGCGGAAUAGUCUCGAACAUUAUCGCCGGCGAGCUCAUUCGACGAACGACUUUACGGGGUCAGAUUCCCAGAGAGAGUACAGGUCGUGGAGCGUCGGACAAAGCGUUAUCAACAGCAGCAUUCAGCACAAAGGCCAGUUUUAUUUUGUGACGGGAGUUUGUAAAAAAACUCCAGAUUCGGACAUGAUACCGCACGCGUCCUCGGUGUGUGGCUCGGAGAGUGGGAGCGAAUUAGAAACGUACAAGUUGAGAGAAAGAUGCCACAGUACAAUGGAGAAUCUAUUCAGACCUUUACAACCAAGUCCGUGCGUUUUAGCAUCAAAUGAUAGAGGAUUUGUGAAUAUUUCUAAAUCUAAUAAUGUAAUCAAUCUGUGCGGAGAGGAGAACAUGCAUCAAGGUUUGAGCAAGUCGUCUCGAAGCUUAGAGGCGUUGGAGGAGAUUGACGUAGCGAGAGACAUAGGCAGGCAUACUCCAAGCAACCCUAUUUUUUAUUGCGGGCCUGAAAGAACUAGCCCAUUGCAACAGACAAAAGAGGUCGCUAACUUAAGCAGUGAGCAACUCAAACCUGUCAGAGAGGAGCAGGGGAAGAGGGUCAACAGACAGUCAUUGGGGGAUGUAGCAAGCGAGAGGAUAAACAAAGAAACAACUCCGCUUUUGUAUCAGCUCACUGGAGCAAGCAGGGCAGGGUUCAGGACAGAGGCAAAGAGCAAUGCUUUGGAUGUAAUCAACGAGCCUCAAGUCGAGGCUAGCGAUAACCAGGCUUUAGAUCCGGCCUGUAACACGUUGGACCACUCGUAUAAGAAGUUUUACAGGGAGCAACUCAAAGAUGUUCAGUCAAAGGUGCUAAGGGAGACGUCGUUCAAAAGGAGGGACCUGCAACUGUCAUGGCCGCACCGAGUUAGGGGAAAACCAGAGACAAAUCAACACGUGCAAGAUGUAAGACUAAUAGUGCAUCAGUUCACCUCGUCGCAGGAUUCGCAGGCUUCCACGGAAACGCUGACGCCGUCGGUAACCUCGGAGGACACGGAGAAAGGAAGCGUCAAGGAGGAAGCGGACAUCAAAAAGCAGAAUCAAGCGGAGAAGGAGAGCGAAAAAGAAAAUGGACGACCCGUUAAUGUAGCUCAGCCGCAAGUAGCGAGGAUCGGAGGUAGGAAAAGACUGACUCAGGAGCAAAAGAAGAUGUGCUUUUCGGAACCAGAGAAGCUUCAUCAAAUCGGUGGAGGAAGAGGAGGAGGUUCAUGUCGCUCUUUUGGGAAUGAAUUUGAAAAUGUCUUCACUUCGGUGGAGGAAUCAGAAGAGCAACUCCAACAAGCCGAGCCAGGAUUGGUGGCAGCUCGAAGGAAGAUCUUUGAAACGAGAGGUCGUGCGUUGUCGGCGUCCAGUGCGUCUAAGAGCAGCCUGAAGCACCUCCAGCACAAAGCCCUGGUGGAGUUCAUGGAGAGAAAAACGGGGCAGAAAAUGGCAGAACCGCAGCAACCAGCUCCUCAGGCACCGCCCCCGAUCCGGCAGAGGCACUCGCUCGGGGAGAAGCCGUUCGACUGGGGGUUCAGGCCUCAGUCUGGGCCUUUGGAGAGCAAGAGGAAGAGGAUGAACAGACCACAUUCUGCAGGACGCAUACUGGACUCUUCUACCAGCUCUAUCAGGUACGCCCAGUUCUUCCCCAAUCAGUCUUCUUCGGGCCAGUUCUGCAGUCAGCCGUACCAGUCCAAAUGGAGGGAGAGCCGGGGUCCGUCCCAGGGCAAAUCGGUCUCGGUUGAGGAUCUUUUGGACCAAUCAAAUCGCAGCUUUUACCGUAACCGAUCCACUUCUUCACCCCACGCUUUCCAGGCAUUCGACUCACCUGCGCAGGAUCCAUUACUGGUUAAUGAUACUAAGGAAACCAGCAGUCCCCGUAAGGACUUUACAGCAGACAGUCCCGUGAAGGCGGAGGGGCAGCAGUCGGUCCGUGUGGUCGCUCAGAGGGGCAAGUCCAUGGAGGAACUGGGAACUACAACAUUUACAAGGCCAAAAGCUUUGAGCAAGAGCACCGAGCAACUGGACCAACUGUGGAGGCAUUCGACACGACCUGAACCAGACAGAAACGAGAAGAUGGUUUCAAAUAAUGCACAGGACUUUAAAGAGCAACAUAAAAUCUCAAAAUCGCAAGAAAUUAUACAAAAUCAAGACACUCAGGGACAACCAAAACAGAAAAAGUCCCCCGUUAAGCAAAACUCUGAACCGAUUUUGGGUGGGAAUGAUGACGUUUUAGGGAACCAAGACUCCAGCUCUUCCCCAGGAUCCUGCUCUUCCUCGCGGACCAGGAUCCAGUCUCACGGGGGAAUCCCAGCCGAGCCCUGGACUAACCCUCCGGAGUGCCCCUCAGGUCAAGACCCGAGCGAGAGGGAAAAGAAAUCCACCUCCUCCAGCCCUACGCAGACAAAGCCCGGCUAUGAGAACAGGCUAAGCCCCAGAUCUGUAUUAGAGGUCGAAGAGUCCGUCGACGAACCGUCCAUCACAGACCUGCCUCCCCCGCCUCCUCUUGACCCAAACCAGGAAGUGUCUUUGAGCUGCGGCGUUACCACAGAUCCCUCCCUCUGGCUCCUCCCACCUCCGCCUUCCGAGGAUCAACUCAAGCAGGACGUCCCAAAUCCACAGCUGACAGACGUAUUCACCAACGAACCUGUGAACACUCCCGCUGAAACAAGUCCGUCCCCCGUGUCUCCUAGUAUUUCUAUCUCGGAUCUGGACGCUCAACAAGUAAACGAGGAGAAAACACCCAGAAACGAGGACAAAAACGUGGGUCAAAACCCGGAUUUGGAGGAAAGGGGAACACCCGAGGGCGAGACCGAAGCUCAGCAGGCCCCCGCCGAGAAACCGCAGUGGGAGGAGCUCGUGGUGUCCGUGGUUAAAGCCGACCAUUCGCUGGCCAGAGUGCUGUACCCGCUGGCCAAUAGGAAGACGGCGCUAAUGCUAAUGGAGCAGCUGCUAUCGGAGGACACGCUGCUGAUGGAGGAGCACUACAAGAAGAAACAGGAGCAGAAAGGAGAGAGUGUUGAAGUGGCAGAAAUUGCAGAAACCUUUUCCUGUUCGUCCUCCCAAAACUUGGAUACACAGAGCAAAGCGGAUAUCAGAGAGAAAAAGCAUCUGCUGGUGUCGUACAUCGAGGAACGCCUCCGCUCUCUGUCCGACUCUCGCGCGGUUCUCCAGACCGAGAUGGACGAGAACGCGCAGAGGGGCGACGCGCUGCAGGGGCUGGUGCGUGAGCGCUGUUUGCCCGUGGAGGUGGAGCGCUACACCCUGUUCAUGGGGGACCUGGAGCGAGUGGUCAGUCUGCUGCUGUGUCUGUCCGCGCGGCUGGCGAGAGUCCAGAACGCCCUGAGCACCGUGGACCAGCACACGGACGCAGAGGAGAAGCAAUCCCUGGACAGUCGCCACCGUCUCUUGUGCAAACAGAGGGACGACGCCAAAGACCUGAAGGAUAACCUGGACCGACGGGAGAGCCAAGUUUCGGCCUUCCUGUCCCGCCAGCUCAGCCCCGACCAGCUCCAGGACUACAGACGCUACGUCCAAACCAAGGCGUCGCUCCUCAUCCGACAGAAGGACUUAGAAGAGAGGCAGAGGCUGGGAGAAGAGCAGCUAGAGGCGCUUUCUCACACACUUAACCUCUGAAAGAACUAUUGAGACUUCACAGACGCGGCAGUGAGUGGAUACUUUUGCACCGUUUGGGCUUUUCAAGUGGGUUUGAAAUUACAAUAACUCAAUCGCGGUACAACAAACGAUUGCCUUUUGCGACGCUAGAUCCGAUUAUGAUCUAGUUUUUGGACCUCAGUCACAAAUCGUCCAAUCCGUCCACCUGAAAACGCUGUUGAUGUAACAAUUGGCUGCCAAAAUUAUAAUUUAUUUCCCUGCCCAUCACGUACGUUUGGUUAAAUCUGCUUCAUCUUUGUGCUUUGGAAAUGUACCUUUCCAUCAACGUCGCAACCACGGCGAAACUCCCAGAGACACAGGAUCACGGUCAGGAAUACCUAGCUGGAGGAUCCACCAACUGCAUGUUUUUGGUUGAUCGGAGAGACCAGACGGCUCACAAGAAACCCAUUCAAACUUAUACGGAAACGGGCUAGAUUUGAACUUCUAACGUAGCGAAAUUGGUCCAACAAAUGGGCAAAAAAUCACAACUUUACAAGCGAAUGUCAUGGAUGCCCACCCAUGACGCCUUAUCAGCAGCACUAGGACUAUUUUUCUCAGAGAGUGCCUUGUUUUUUGACUCUUAUAUCCCAUAAUCCAUCACUUUUUUUUCCACUUUUUCUCCACACUACAAGCCCCAAGUCUGCAACAUCGGAUACCUAACAUAAGCUUUAAAAAUCGGACCAGCGUUUUCCGAGAACGGCAAAAACGUUUAGCGCGUAUAGCGGACAUGUUUAUAGCUGUAGAUCUUUUUGUCGUUGUGUAUUUUUAAAUGUUUCAAAUUAAGGCACUAAAAACCAAAAAGGUGAAUGAGAAAAAAAGCACUUUGUAAUGUAAAAUAAUGCACAUUUCUUCAAAAAAAACGAUGUUAUAAUUUCAACAAAAGAUUCUGACUCCAUCCAUUCAUGUUUCUUUUUGUAUGGUACACUUGAGAGCCACUGUGUACAUAUCUUUCCGGCCAAUUUCCAGUUUCACUUUAUCUUGCGUUGCUUGAUUUUAUUGUAAAUUAGCAGAACAACUUUGUAAACCAUGCUUCUCCAAUGUCGUCAUACUACUUGAAAUGCUUUUUAGAUGCUUUGAAAAUAUUUUAGCAGUUUGUCUUAAGAUUUAAUUCUGUUUAUACCUCCACGUUGUAGCUAUCGGUGGUUUUAUGAAGGAUCAUUUUUUACAUUUUAGUUACUACUACGCCCCCUUCAGACCUAGCAAUGAAAUCUGUUUGAUACUCAAAGUGUGGUCAAAAGUAUCGAAAAGCAGAUGCCCAAAGUUGUAUCGAAACUAGACACUCAUUUGAGCAGGUAUCGAUGCUAAAAAAGUCACUUCGCAGGACAGAAAUAAACUUUUAGAAUGAUCUUGAGCUGCAUCAGAGCAAGUAUAAGACACAUAGACUAGUAUACGACCAUGGACCACUAUAUAAUGUACAAUAAAUACAAUAAAAUGUGAUCAGCAAUGACAUUUUCCAAAAUAAAAUGACAGUUUUCGGGUUGCAACGUAACCAAAAUUUGACAGAAAAGAAUAUAUCAAAACAGAAAAAACUAUUGUGAGGUCUUAAAGGAGCUUAAUUUUAGUUUCUUUUAAAGUUCUAAUACUGAAAACUCUUUAAUCAUGGACCUGUUUAACACCUCUGUAUAACUCACGUUGUUUUAUAUGUUAGUUUCUUUCACGGAGCGUGGUCUGGGCCGUGCGUCAGAUCACAAAUAGAGGUUGUGUGUGCAGCAGUUUAGACGUUUAUGACUCAAACAAAGACGACGCAGCGGUCUUGUGUUAGUUUUGAAGAAAACGCUACUAUGAAGUCGUGAUAUUAUUCACAUGUGCCUGGAGUAACGGAACCACAAGGGGGCGUCUCACCUCGAAUAGCCUCUGCUUAAACAUUCAAAAUAUCGCGUUGAAAUUUAAAAUAGACUUUUGUUGUGGAUACGGGACAUUCCUGAGACUUGUUUUUUUGCUGAAUGGAUGUUUCCUUUCGUGCUUCUAAGCGUAUUUUUCUUUGGUAAUUUACGACGUUGGCCUGCAGGAGCUGGCUAAACAAAAGUGUGUUUGUUUUGGCUUUUGUGCUGAUGAUGUAGGACUGCUACGCGGGGGGGGGGAAGGGGGCUCUGAGGUCGACCAAGAAUGAGGACAAUUUAAAGAAAAAGGAGAAAUGUGUGGGGUACGUGUGUUUAAAGGUACACUGUGUAACUUUACUGAUUACCUGUGGUCCAUAGUGCUCCAUAGUAUGGCAUUUGACCUAUCCAUGUAGCAUUUAUCUCAUUACUGAUGUUUUUAGGGCUCAAAACACUUCUAAAAACACGUAUUCCUACUUUGAGCGCUUCUCCACAGAUCUUACCUGUAACUUAGUUUGUUGACACCACCUCCUGGUCUAAAAUGGACAUAAACAGCCUACGUUUAAUGCCGUAUAUUAAUGCUUAGAUAAGGUUAAUGUCAUACUGUGGAAUAUUACAGACAAAGCGAUAUCAUCUCCGUAGAAAAAGGUUACAUAGUGCAGCUUUAAACAGCAGUGAUUAUCAAACUGUUUAAGUGAAAUUGCCACAUCAGAAACUAAAAAAACAUUACAAAAGUAGGGUGAUAAAUGUUUCUAAACCAGAUCUAAACUGUAUUAUUUCAUGGUUUAUUUGAGGCCCUGAGUUUAAAAAUUAAUAUGACGUUUACAAAGAAAUAUUUUUGUAUAAAUACCUUGACCUAGAUUCAUCUUAAUCUGAUUAAUCUAGGUUAUGCUAUGGUCCGAAUCAGGGCCAAACCGGAGAGGAAAACAGACCUUAAAACCAGACUAAAUGAGCUCAAAUACAGAAUGUAACUCAGACUUAACAAGCAUUAAACUAGGACCUAAACCACAACUCAAAAGACUCCUGUAGUAGUACUUGUACCACAGUUUGAAAAUCACUGCAUUAAACUUCCUGAGUCAUGAUCCCAUUGUUUUCUAUGGUCGAUGAAAGUGCAUAGGGGCUGUUUCGUAAAUAGGAUUAUUCUUGUUCAGCUGAGGACUUUUCGUUUCAAAUUCCGGACGUGUGUAACAUUCAAAUGAACUGUUUUAAAUGCACCAAUGCUUUGACACUACAUUUCCAACAAUCCCACUGGUUUUCUCCUUACAAAUCUGAGUUUGUUUUGUGCCUAUUUGGAGUUGUAAAUUCCAUGUUUGUAUUGUGAAUAAAUUAAGCUUCAAACUAA